CGACUCAGCCACCGGAAAGCGGCGCCGUGACGUCACGGGAGCGCCCGAGCCAUCCGGCCGGAAGCGCCACGCGCGUGCGCCGUGGAGUUGCUAUGGGAACCGAACUGCCGCCUAGGAGCCGCCUCUGAGUGGAUUUCCGGAUCUUGGGUGAAGGGGACGACGUCGUGGCUUCCAGACCCCUGGGAGACAACGGCUGGGGACCUAGUGUGGGUGUUCGGGGACCAGUCAAGGGACGAGGACGGGUGUGAGGGCAGCCGGGGAGCACAGGGCUUCGGAUGAGCGCAGGCGGAAGUUCAGCCUUUGAAAACUGCAGGAACAUCUGAAAACUUGGCAUAGCCUCUUCCAAAUUGGUAUAGUCCGACUCAGGAACCAGGAAAGCCAAUACAAGAAGGGUUGUUGGUGCCAUCCCAAAUGCCCAGACACCGAAACACCGUACUGCUAGCCUUUGCGGGCUGCCGCUUGUGCUGGAAGGCAUGAGAAUGAAGGUUGGGUUUUGGCUUGUGAACUAGUCCUGUUCCAGAGAGCUGGGCUUCUCCCCGCUAGAUGGUUGAUUCUGGGAUAGGUAUGGGAUGAAAGAAAGGUUUAACAACUGGGGCGUUCUCCAGAGCUUCCCCUUGGCACUAUCCCAGAGGAUGUUAAGGUAUCUCUUCCUCGUGAAGGCACUUCUUGCUCUUGGGUUCCUCACAUCUCGGGGAGCUGCAGGAGAGAAUGCAUUAAGAGGUGAAUGUCCUCCUGACCCUCUUCCAUGUCAGGAGCUGUGUGAUGGGGACGCAUCCUGUCCCCAGGAGCACAAAUGCUGCAGCACCGGGUGUGGCCGUGUCUGCCGAGGAGACAUUAAAGGAGGGCGGGAUGGUCUAUGUCCCAGAAUUCUGGUAGGCCUGUGUAUUGUCCAGUGUGUAGUGGAUGAGAACUGUCAACCCGGGGAAAGGUGCUGUAAGUCAGGCUGUGGCCGCUUCUGCAUCCCAGGACUCCAGCCCCUCCAACAGCUCACAGACUCCAACCUGACCGAUGGCUUUAAUUCUAAAUUGGAGACUCAAGCACCCUAGCUGACCUGGCUUGCCUGGAGCUCCAGGAAGCUUCGGGAAGCCAGGAAGGGGUGACACCCUGGCGCUUGUGACACUCCCUGGAGUAUCAGGCCUUCUCCUCGCUUCUACUGCAACUUGCGGCACAUGGGACCACCCUGAUGCUGGGCACUUCUCUUUCCCAAUAAAAUGCUGGCAUGAA